ACUAAGAAAAUGAAAGAGGAAUUCACGUACUGGAUCGCUGACACAAGGACAGCACCGCGAGAUGGCGCCUUCGUGCACGGUCUGUUAAUGGAAGGAGCGCGAUGGGAUCAGCAAUCUGGCAUCAUUAUGGACUCCAAGCUCAAAGAUCUCUUUCCCCCCAUGCCAGUGAUAAAUGUUAGGGCCAUAACCCAAGACAAACAGGAUCUCAGGAACAUGUAUGAGUGUCCGGUAUACAAGACGCGGACCCGAGGUCCUACUUACGUUUGGACCUUUAACUUGAAAACUAAAGACAAACCUUCUAAGUGGAACUUAGCGGGAGUGGCGUUGUUACUACAGAUAUAGCUUGUUGUUGACUUAAAUAUAUAUAGUUGUUGCAG